CUAAUUUAAGCUUACAUUAGUAAGUGAAGCUGAGUUUCCAAUUUUGAAGUUACUCUUUCGCUUUGUUAUCGCUUUGUUUUCCUUUGGUUCAGCUGGAGAAUACAGAGUAGUUUCUGAACUGUUUGGGGUUGGAAAAUCAACUGUGUGUGCAAUACUGAUGGAAUUCUGCGAAGAAGUAUGGCAAGCGAUGUCCACACAGUAUAUAAAGAAAUUACCACCGACGCAAGAUGUAGUCACUGAAUGCGUGAAUGGUUUUCAUCGCCUUGGGUUUCCACAAUGUCUGGGAGCAAUUGAUGGAUGUCACAUCGAAAUAAAACCAAAUUCGACUGAUGCAACCGACUACCACAAUUAUAAGGGAUGGUAUUCUAUUGUACUUCUUGCGCUUGUGGAUUACAGAUCCCGUUUUUUAUAUAUAAAUAUUGGUGCUCCGGGACGUUGCAAUGACUCCCAAAUAUAUAAUUCAUCCCUACUUAAGAACGUGAUAACUGAAGACGAAGUAUAGGCGGCCAAUAAGAAGAGCAUAUGUGGUGUACAAAUGUAUCUUAGGAGAUUCUUCAUUUAGAUUUUCCACCACUUUAAUGAAACCAUAUGCCUUUUCUACGGCCUUGACGGAGAGACAAAAAUUGUUCAACUACAAAUAAUCAAAAUGCAGAAGAGUGGUAGAGAACGCUUUCGGUCAUUUAAAAGCCCGUUUUCGUCGCAUUGGAAAAGGUUUAGAUAACCGAAUAGGGAACGCGCCGAUCAUUGUUUGAGCUAGCUGUAUUUUACACAAUUUUUUAAACGAAGAAAAUGAUCAUAUCAAUCAAAUUCGGUUGGAAAAUUUGCAAGAGUUUGACCGAAAUCGGGAAAACCCUUCGCGAAAUGUUGUACUUGGCGAUAACGAAACCUCAGCUGAAACCAUAAGACAAUCGCUGUGUUCUUAUUUUGACGUAAAUAAAUCUUCGAACCUGUGGCAUUUGAACAUCACUACUAAAGUAAAAUUUUCCGACGAAUCUGAAUAUGAAGUGAAAAGCAAGUAGUGUUUGCGAUAAAGAAUUUUUUUUAGUUCUUAAUGUCAUCAACAUUUUCCAACCGGAUUAGGGGUUUAAGAGCUAUAUGUACAUUUUUUUAACCCUCGUCCGGGCGCAUAUUCUUACAACGCUAAACGGGCGCAGAGGUACAAUUGUACCUUCAUACAGUUUUUAUUCGAAUUUUUGCCAAGGAUUAAAUUUUUAUAUAAAC